UCAUCGCGAGGGCGGGGCAGGCCGGGCCGCGGGGCAGGGUCGGAUCCGCCGCAGCGCUCGGAGCGGAGGCAGAGCCCAGCCCAGCCCGGCACCAUGAAGUUCCAGUACAAGGAGGACCACCCGUUCGAGUACCGGAAAAAGGAGGGCGAGAAGAUCCGCAAGAAGUACCCGGACAGAGUGCCCGUAAUUGUGGAAAAAGCACCAAAAGCCAGAGUACCUGACCUGGACAAAAGGAAGUAUCUCGUGCCUUCUGACCUCACAGUUGGUCAAUUCUACUUCUUAAUCCGAAAGCGGAUCCACCUGAGGCCAGAAGAUGCCCUGUUCUUCUUUGUCAAUAAUACCAUCCCUCCCACCAGUGCUACCAUGGGCCAGCUCUACGAGGAUAACCACGAGGAGGACUAUUUUCUGUACGUGGCCUACAGUGACGAGAGCGUCUAUGGCAAGUGAGCAGCAGCCCCCCAGGCCUGCAGGGUGGAUGGACUGAUGGAGUGGAUUGGCAGGGGAGGGGGUUGUUGGAGAGGCAGGAGGAGGAUGCAUGAGAAGAGGGAAAGAGAACUGGAAGUGAACCACCGUGCACACUGUCAUCAACUUCCACGCAUUAAUUAUAACCAUUGUUUUUUAAAUCAAGGGAGGGAGGGGAGGGGGCCAGGGUGGACUGGAAGACUAACAAGGGGUUCCACGCUGAGGGAUGGGGAGACUCCACUGUUCACAGUUCUUCCCUUGCCACAGCUAGAAGUAGUUAGCUAGUUCUGGAGGCUGCUGGACAAGGCAGUGUGGGGAAGCUCCAGGAGAGUGACUGGGCAGGUGGCCAUUCCCACGUAACCCGUUCACUGGAUGAAGAAGGCAUGCCACAUAUUGUACACUGACCCUGUCAUGUCUUGCCCAUGGCACGAGCCACACUGCUGUGAGCAUUCAGUGAACUGUGAAAUACUUCACUCUGCUCUCACAAGGCUGCCCUGUGCUGACAGUCCUCACUCCAGCUGCUGCAUGUGAAUUGUUCCAAGGGUAUCGUGUUUCCCAUCACUUCCAUCAGUAUUAGAAGGGCUGACUCUGUCCACCAGUAUUAGAAGGGCUAACUCUGAGGGCUGGGAACUCCUCAGCUGUGAGACAUGAAUGUUGGGGAAAGGAAGGAAGGAUUUUUUAAGGGUUUUUUUUUUCCCUUUGUUGCUUUAAUUGCAACUGCUGGACAGAAAAAUCAGAGAUGGCCGUUUUGUUCUUUUCAAUGAAGUCAACUGAUAAACUCAUAAGCACAGGGCUAGGAAGGACCUCAAGAGAAGGACUAGCCCCCACCAGCUCUGAGGCAGGACUGAGUACACCAAACAUGUCCACCAUGGCUGCUCAUCACACUUGUUCUUACUGAACUUCCCUGAGGAAGACCCUGGAGGCUGCUGAGAUUGACUGUUAGUUCCUAGCUAGCCUACAAGUGAGAUUGCUUUUCCUGGUAUCCUAACUUUAGUCUCCCUUGCUGUGCAUUAAGACAACUAACUACUAGUGGUCUUGUUAUUGAUGAACACAGAAAAUUAUCUCUCAGUGUUGUCCUUGUAGCAGUCUUCUGCAGAUCUGAGGAUGGCAGAAGUCCUGUGGGUUUAGCCUUCUCUUCAGCCUCUCAUCCCUGUACAGCCCUUGUACCACAUGCACAAGUGGAAGAAAUCAGUCACUGCCACGUAUGUUUUGCUGGCUUUUUGUGAUUGGAUAAUGGUGCCACUCUUUGCCACAAGAGAGGUUCUUUUAGACUUGAAGGGGAAUAGAUUAUCUGUAGAUUUUUUUUUUAAAUUAUUUUAUUUUAAACCAGUGUUGUUCUUAGAAAGGUGCCAGGUGGGUGAUGUCCUGUGCAAGCCUUAUGCUGUCAUGCCAAAGCAGUUUUCUUCCCAGUGGCACAAACAGUAGAUUUUCCCAUAACUGCCAUAACUGUGAUGAAGGAAUGGGUUUUGGAGAGUGAGCUGACUUUCAGGAAAAUUCUGGGGUCUCAUCUAAAAAUCAGAGAACUAAACCUGAAUUACUGUAAACAUUCCUACAUUUAAGAGAGGGACCAAGAGGGAGGUAAAGGCAAGAAGGAUGAAGAACACAGGCAGACUCCACAAUAAGUUGAAGGUGUUUGCUCUAUUGUUUAUGAAGUUAGAUCCCAGUUCCCUGUGUUCCUCAUGAAUGAGAAAUCAAGAGGAGUGCUCCUCUGAUUGUGGGAAACAGGAAAUCAGGUUUCAGCCUUCUCUGGGUGUUGUUAUGCAGAGGUGCAUGAGGUAGAAGAACUCAAGAGAGUGUCAAGGGGGAGUCACUGGCAGAACUGCUGGAAGGUCAGGGAAGGCAGUGCAGAGGGGCAGGAGGGUUGCUCCCGGUGGGCAAUGGAAAGUAGCAGAAGAGUGGGAGAGAAGGGAGGAACCACAAAGGAUGUAGACAGACUGGUCGUAACGGGCAGACAGAAAAUGAGGGAGCAGAAGAUGAAAUGGGGGGUGUCAUAUCCCCAGUGUUACAACCCUGAACUUCAGGUUUGCUGUUCCAUCCAUCUGGAAUAAAUGUGUUUGGAUGAGUUGUACCUACUGCCAACUUGGGUAACUUCAGUUUUCUGCUUGCACUUCUCAGUCCUCUCUUUUAGACCCACUCCCCUUCAACUACCAGGCUCUCUUCACAUCCUUUGGGUGCAAAUCCGUAUCAUGUUUUAGGAAGUUCUGAAUGUUCUGAAGCAAAGAACAGACCCAGGGAGCUUUCUAGGGUAAAAGACAGGAGACAGGCAGCUGGUGUGCAUCUCUCUGCUGCUGUCCCACUUGUCCAUGUGUGGACUGCCAAGCACGCUCAGGGGAGAAGGAGUUGGCAUCUGGGGUGCUUGGUUUUGUGUUCAGACCUCCCCUCCCGCUGCUGGGUUUAUAAAUGACAUGUGGGACUAAUCACAGCUGUUUGUUACAUGUAGAGUUUACAGUUCAGUUCUUUUAACAGUUCUUUUAACUGGAUUGUGGCAUUUACUUCUGUUUUUGUGCUAGUCCGGUAUUGUAUGAGGUAAUGAUGGUAAUUUUUUUGUGUUGGUUAGCUGCAGGUUCUUGUAAAAUAAAGUUCAGACUAGAGCUUAAUCAACCUAUCAAUAAAGAUGCAUUUGAAAAUCA